UAUACAAAUGAAAAACAUUGACAGUUUAAAAUAUAAUGAAAAACGUUCAAAGUUUAAAAUAUAUAUCUAAUGUGCUUUUAAAGACGAAGCUAUCUGAAAGUUUUAAAAGUUUUAAAAUAGGCCAUAACUUGGAACACACUCAUGGAAUAUUGCUAAGAAAUGAAUUCAAUAGGGAGGAAUUUUAAAAGCAGCCUUUGCAGGCUAAUGCACAAUGGUUGCUACCUAAUUCCGUCACCAUCGGCCAUGUUUGUCGUGGGGUCAACAGGGCUGAGCGGUCCGCUGUUCCACAAGGACCAGAUGCCUGAACACUUCCAUGAGUCUUUCAUCGUCAAGGGUUACCGUAGUCCAAAAAGCUCACCAUUCCAGUGUGUCCUGAGCCUGUUCGAUGCCACAAAUGAGACUCUGAAUUUCUGGACCCACUUUUUGCCAUCAUGGUACUUCAUGUGGGUACUGCGCGACUCGUCAGUGACACUGGAUUUCCGUCAUGAUAGCUAUUCAUGGCCAUUGCUUGCCUACAUGUGCAUGUGCUGUAUCUACCCCCUGGCUAGUGCAAUGGCCCACACAUUUAACACCAUGUCAGACAACGCUCGUCACAUAUGUUUCUUUCUGGACUACAGUGCAAUAUCGGCCUCAGCCUUCGGCGGUGCCAUUGCAAUUCGAGCGUAUUGUUUUCCUUCCGAUCUAAGAGCAACAAGUUUUGGAAAUUGGUAUCUGACAGGUGCCUUUGUGAACUCUCUUUUGUGCAUUUUUAUUGCGUGUAAAACAAGAUUCAUGCCUCUUAGCCAAACAAGGAAAGCUAUGCGCCUUACUUCUCUUGGCUGGCCUUUUAUAUAUGCAACUCUUCCUUUGGCGUAUCGCUUACUGUGUGGAACACAAGAAGACAGUGACUUAAGUUCAACAUACUAUCACUUGAUGAGCAUAGUUUUAAUGUACGUAUCAGCUUUCCUGUACAGCGCCCAUUUUCCCGAGCGACUGUUUCCAGGCAGUUUCGACAUCAUUGGUCACAGUCACCAAUGGUUCCAUAUGUCUGUAAUUCUGGGAACCAUUUACCAGAUGCACGCUAUUCUCCUUGACAAGCGAGAAAGGGAACCAAACCUACUGCCGGGCUGGGAGUUUCCUAGUGCAGGGUCGAGUGUUGGAAGGCUUGCGAUUGUGUUGGCGGUCAAUACAGUGGUUGUUAUUGCAUACUCUUUAAAACUACUAUGUGUAGAUGCAAAGAAGCUCAAAAGUGCCUAAUGAUUCCGUUAUUAAUUAUUAAAAAAUUGUACUUUUUUUAAUUUGUGGUCCUAAAUAGUGAUAUUUUAUUGAUAAAACUUGUGACUUAUAAAGUUCAAAUACUGUUGUUUUACUUCAAUUCUAUUGGUAAAAAUCAGUAUAUUCAAUUGUCUUAUAUCCAGCUAAUAUAAAACACUAACAUAAAUAGACCAUAUUAAGAACUAUUCUGUGUUUACCUCAUGUACAAAAUGAAUAAUCCAUGCAUUGUAAAGUUAUGGGCUUUUGGUGAUUUCUCUGCAAUUGAAAAAAUCUUGUAAGAUAGUGUUAAGUUUUACUCAUUUGCUUUAUUGUAAAUUUUUAUCGAUUUUUUAUGAGUAAAAAUGAUAAAAUUGGCCUAAAAAAUAACAAAACAUUAUAUAUGUUUUGUUGUUAUAGUAAAAAAUGCUACACAGCAUUUCUAUCAUUAUUCAAUGUAGUCUAACAUGAAUAUCAUUACUAUGAAAAAAAUGAACAUUUAUUUAUUGUUUUUUAUAUGUAUAUUAAAUUACAUGUAAUGAUAAAUUUUCUUCAUAAUUUAACAUGAAUGCAACGAAAAGUAUUGGAAAAAAUAUUAAAUUAAUUUUUAAGUGAAACUGAAAUGAAACGUAAGCAUAUAAUAAAGAAAAACAUUAUUUGAAAGAUAAUCUUUCUUUUUUUGUUUUUGAUUACCUACCUAGGGAAAUUAAAGGACUUAUGAAUGCAUACACUUCAUCAAUUAUUUGUUGCCAUUUACAUUUUUUCAAAUUUUAGUGUUUCUUGUUAAUAGCAAUUUUUUUUUAAGUUUUUGUUCUAAAUACUCAAUAUACAAUCUUGUUAUGAAAUUUGUUGAAAUUACUUUUAUUAAGCCACUGUUUUUGUUUUUUUGUUUUUUUCUGUUUCACUGAUUUUGACCAUUACAAAUGUUUUGUUCUCGGGCUAAUGUCUCUGCCAUUGGGGUCAUCGGUAGGGUUCAUAUUUAUUCAUGUAUUUAUUUAGAAAGCCACUGAGGAAAACCACCACCAAAUUUCCAUUUAGUCUUUAAUUAGUUUUAAUUAAGGGAGUUAAAUUUUGAAUCUCACAUGCAUGCACACUGGGCACAAAGUAUGGAAGCAUUUGCGAGGCAUUUGGUGCUGAACACUAAGAAAGUAAGAAAAGUGAUUUUUGGUAAUCUAAACAAUUAAGACUUACAACUUAAUUGUAUUCUUUAACAUAGUUAAUUAAACUCAAUACUGUACAAGAAUUGACAUGAGAUAGUUCAUUUUGUGAAAAAUAGAAAAUGCUGAAAAAAUCGUUCAGACUUUAAAUAUUGUAUAAUUAUGUAGUAUGACAAUUGCUAGAAAAGUAGACUUAAAAAAGGGAGGGAUUUCCAGUUUUGUUCAACCUUUUGUUUUGACAAAUUAUGGUCGGCAGCUCAGUGAAGCAAAAAUCAAUGAAGAGUGGCCCAAAUGAAGUUACAAUACUCUAGUAAGAAUGUAACAUCAGUAUAACUCCCACACUGUAUUGUUAGCAAUGUCAUGUUUUCAUUAUUAAAGUGAAUAAUUUAGUAAGAGCAACAAAGCAUGUAUGGUUUUGUGAAUUUUAUCAUCCUUGACAUCACAUUACAAACUAAGUGAUAGUAAACUUAAACAUAUUAGUUGGCGUCAAUCUUUGAUGGCUAGGAGAAAUAGAUGAAUAAAUAAUGCUUUAACAUUCAUAAUAUUGUGUGGUAGUUAUACAAUUUUUGUUUCUAUGUUUUUUACAAAUGGUUUUGUUAUAUAUUUGUAAAACAUUUAUUUUAGGGACCAAUAUUGAACAAGAUUUUUAAAUGAAUUUAUUUAUUGUUAUGGCAUAAAGGGUUAUAAUUAAUGGUUAGUAUCUGUGAAGCAUAUUUUGAUCUUUCAUAAUUGACUUGACAUGUUAUUUGUGAGUCUAGUUGAGUUUAUUUAUUGAGUUGAUGAUUAUUAACAUGUAUACUAGAGUUAAAUGAGCACUUACCGUAAAUGACUGGGUAUAAGACGAUAGGGGGUAUUGGACGCAGGCAAAAAAAUCCGUGAAAAUCUGAGAAAAAACUUUUAAUCUAAGUUUUGGGUUAAAGGACGCAUAGAGAAUAUGUCAAAAUUGUCUGCUAAUCUUGGCCACCAUGUUUGUUGACAGUGACGAAAAAAAAAAUCGUGAAAAUGGUGAUGGUUAUCUUUAAAACCAUACGAUGAUAAUGCAAAAUAUGUUUCAUUUUUAUUCGUUUCAUGUUAGGAUAGGCACUGAAAAAUUACUUAGUGUGACAAUUUGUUUCUGGAUGGCACUGAAAUGUACCUUUUAUGACUAUUUGUAAGAUUUCUUUCAGACAGUAUAUCGUAAACGAUAACCUGUCGAGAAUGAAUAGGGAAGUUACUGUAUACAAAAACUUUAUAUUGUACGGGCUUGUUCUCAAAGUGUCAACAACUACAGAAAAGAACAUGGAAAAGUGCGAAAAAUCAUGACCAUUAUUGCAUCAGUUUGUAGUAUUGGUAUGUUAAACAGGUCUAAAGGCAGUGCGAAUUUUUCACACCUUAUCGUACAACUGACAAAAAUAUUUUGACAGUGCCCAACUUUGCUUUUUUAUAUGCAUGUUUAAUUAUUGUUUUAUUCAAAUUAAUAUUGAAUAAUUUUAAUAAUUUAAAGCGUACAAUAUUUUUUUAAAAUUAUAAACAUCUUGCGAUAUACCGUAUCCCGAUCUUCAACUGCCGUUUUAACCCGUAUAUACGCAAUCAAUAUGACGCGAGUAACUUCCCUUUCUACAUAAAUCUCAACAAACUCUCGGCCUGAAAUCGACCUCAGAAAAAAGUUCAAAAGGUUGUUACUGGGUAUUAUACGUAGGCAUUUUUUUACAUCGAAAUCUGAGGGAAAAAAAUGCGUCUAAUACCCAGUCAUUUACGGUAGAAAGCUCAAUUUAAAAAAAAAACACAAGAAAUCGACUGGCGACAAAAAUAUUAUUGCAACUUGUAAAGAUCAUUUAGUGAGAUUAUCUCGGUUAAUUUAGUGGAAAACAUUACUUAAUAAUGUGCAUUUAUUUAUGUAUGAAGGAUAAUCAUUUUUUUAUGAAUUAUUUGAUUGACAAUUAGUGACUGAUGAUCAGUUAAAUUUACUAGCAGAAAUAAACAGUAAAGUUUAUUUCAAUGAUCAUGAAGUGCAAUAUGAUUCUGAGAGAUCAAUAUUAAUAAUGCACAGUGAUUUUUUUUUUGCCUUGCAAGUUGGGAAAAAAAGUUCAGAUUGAGAAAUGAGCAAAAUCAGAUCAAAAUAGCAAAUAUAAAGGCAAAUAUACAAGUUUUUACCAGUUUAUGCAUAUUUUUAUACUGUGAAAGAGCUAGUCAAGAUUGUGUUUAUUUUUCAAGAAAUGCAUUGCUUUUUAUUCACUCACAUAAUGUGAAUGUAUUAAAUUGGGAAAAAAAUAAUCGAUUUUUGGGAAAAGUGGACAUUUUUUCUCAAUGAGAAACAGCCUUUAGAAGGCAGUAAAUUGCACACACAAAAAUCACUGGUGCAAAAAUUGUCUUUGAUAUUAUAGUUUUUACCAAUAUAUGUCACCUACAUCUUUUCAUAUGAAAGUCAAUACUCAAUCAUGAUGGUAUUCCCUUUUUGGUUAAACCUAAAAAAAAACCCACUUAUGUCAAGGUUACCUGACCCUACGUGUGGAUAAGGUGCCGACCCUAUUGUUUUUAUAGACAGAUGUUUAAAAAAUAUGUGGGGGUUUUUGUUGGAUGUUUUAGUGUGUGCUUUAUCAAGUUUAAAAGCCUACCUAAAGGUAUGUUUAUUCUUGGUUCAUUUUUGUGUCGCCUGAAAAGACGACAUAUAGGGGUUACUUUUGUCGGCGGCGGUGGCGGCGGCGGCGUCCAUGUCCCAUUUUCGCUUGUCCGGGGUAUAUCUCCUAAACUAUUAGUGGUAUCAACUUGAAAUUUCAUAUGUAGAUAGAUCUAAUUGAGGGCAAGUGCAGUGCACAAGAACUGUUGCUCUUGCUUCCAUAUUUAUAGAGUUAUUGCCCUUUGUUAAUUUUCAUGCUUAAAGUUUUGUCCGGGGCAUAUCUUGAAGAAUAUAAGAGGUAUCAACUUGAAACUUCAUAGCUAGAUAGAUCUCAUUGAGGGCAAGUGCAAUGCACAAGAACCGUAACUCUUGCUGCCAUAUUUUUAGAGUUAUUGCCCUUUGUUAAUUUUCUUGCUUAAAGUUUUGUCUGGGGCAUAUCUUGAAGAAUAUAAGAUAGCUAGAUAGAUCUCAUUGAGGGCAAGUGCAGUGCACAAUAACAGUAACUCUUGCUUUCUUAGUUUUAAAGUUAUUGCCCUUUGUUAAUUUUCAUGCUUAAAGUUUUGUCCGGGGCAUAUCUUGAAGAAUAUAAGAGGUAUCAACUUGAAACUUCAUAGCUAGAUAGAUCUCAUUGAGGGCAAGUGCAGUGCACAAGAACCGUAACUCUUGCUGCCAUAUUUUUAGAGUUAUUGCCCUUUGUUAAUUUUCUUGCUUAAAGUUUUGUCUGUGGCAUAUCUCGUAAACUGUAAGAGGUAUCAACCUGAAACUUCUUCCGUAGGUAUAUCUGAUUGAGGGAAAGUGCAGUGCACAAAAACCGUGACUCUUGCAUCAACAUGUUUAGAGUUAUUGCCCUUUGUUAAUUUUCAUGCUUAAAGUUUUGUCCGGGGCAUAUCUUGAAGAAUGAAGCUUCCUUGGGUGACCCUCUACAAAAAUACAACAAGGGGUCAUGAUUGAUCAACAACAACAGCAACAACAACAAAAUGGCUGACUUCCUGUUUUGCUUAAAAAAAAACAUCUCCUCUGAAACUACCACUCCAAAUUCAAUGAAAUGCCACCUACACUUGAAAGUUAAAUGGCAACAUCAUUUUCUAUGAAUGAAUAAAAUGCCAAUCUAACAGCUAUAAUGUCGACAGUAAAUAAUUUGUCAGGCGACACAUCCGACUCGCGGAGUUCUAGUUGGUCUUAUAAAAUAUGCCAGGAACUACUUUAUGGUCUUAUAAAGUAUGCCAGAAACUACUUUAUGGUCUUAGAAAGUAUGCCAGGAAGUACUUUAUGGUCUUAUAAAGUAUGCCAGGAACUACUUUAUGGUCUUAGAAAGUAUGCCAGGAACUACUUUAUGGCCUUAGAAAGUAUGCCAGGAAGUACAUUAUGGUCUUAUAAAGUAUGCCAGGAACUACUUUAUGGUCUUAUAAAGUAUGCCAGGAACUACUUUAUGGUCUUAUAAAGUAUGCCAGGAACUACUUUAUGGUCUUUUAAAGUAUGCCAGGAACUGCUUUAUGGUCUUAUAAAGUAUGCCAGGAACUACUUUAUGGUCUUAGAAAGUAUGCCAGGAACUACUUUUUGGUCUUAGAAAGUAUGCCAGGAACUGCUUUAUGGUCUUAGAAAGUAUGCCAGGAACUACUUUAUGGUCUUAGAAAGUAUAACAGGAACUUCUUUAUGGUCUUAGAAAGUAUGCCAGGAACUACUUUAUGGUCUUAGAAAGUAUACCAGGAACUACUUUAUGGUCUUAGAAAGUAUAACAGGAACUUCUUUAUGGUCUUAGAAAGUAUGUCAGGAACUACUUUCUGAAUGUCAUUUUUCAAUUCAUAGAAAUUUUAUAUCAAAAAGGGUAUAUAUAUUUACCGGUACACAAUUGUGUUCAAUUGUGUUGCUUUAAAACUUGUUAUUCUGUAUAUAUUUACUAUCUGAUGAAUUAUUUCAUUCUGAAUUACGGGGACCAGUAGAAGGGUGCUAUAGCCAGCAAAAUUAUGCAAUAAAACUUGUAUGAAUAGAUCAUUUUUAGAAAUUAAAGAGGAUACAACACUUGAUGUGUACAUGUAUCUGUAGCUAUAUGUAACUGAAAUUAACCAAUCUCAUGCCUGACUUGUAGGCUCGCUGUUCGCUGAUACUCACAUAAAUGAUUUUCCUCGUGCUUACAAUAGUUAGUACACAUCCUUCUGAAAUUGUACAAUGUACACAUACCUGGAGCAUUAUUCAGUUGUAUUCUUAUCAUUAUUCUAUGCCCCAGUGAUUCAAUUCAGUUUAUUUGUCAGAUAUUUUUACAGUUCAAUCAAAACACACAGAUUCUACUCUUAAACUUAAGUUAGAUCUUGGAAUAAGGGUAUGGAACUCAGUCCCAGGAUGACAUAGUGCUCAAAAAGUCGUCCACACAUACACCUAUCAGUAGUGUUAUUGAAUUCAGCCCAAGGAUGAUAUAGUUCACAAAAAGUAGUCCACACAUACAUGUACCAGAAGUGUUAUUGAAUUCAGCCCAGGAUGAUAUAGUGCAAUGAAGUAGUCCACACAUACAUGUACCAGUAGUGUUAUUCAAUUCACCCCCAGGAUGAUAUAGUGCACAAAAAGUAGUCCACACAUACAUGUACCAGAAGUGUUAUUGAAUUCAGCCCAAAGAUGAUAUAGUGCACAAAAAGUAGUCCACACAUACAUGUACCAGUAGUGUUAUUGAAUUCAUCCCAGGAUGAUAUAGUGCACAAAAAGUAGUCCACACAUACAUGUACCAGUAGUGUUAUUGAAUUCACCCCCAGGAUUACAUAGUGCACAAAAAGUAGUCCACACAUACACAUACCAGUAGUGUUUCACUGCCUCUUGAUUAUCAUUCAUUGUUUAGUUGUUGCCAUAGAUAAUUUCUGGUUAUAGAAUUUCACUGCCAUCUUAUAUUCUACGCAAAGUUCAUGAUAUUUUUAUCAUCAAGAGCUUGUCAAACACUCAUUGAAUAUUGUAUAUCAGAUUUUAUUGUUAUUAUUUUUAUUAUAAUAAUAAUAAUUAUUAUUAUUAUUGUUUUAAUAUAUAUAUAUAUUAUUAUUAUUAUUAUUAUUAAUUUAAAUCAUUAUUGCUGUUAUUGGAUAGAUUUAAUGAUUACAAAGGACAAAAAAUGAAUAAUUUCACCAUUGAUGAUUAGCAUUAUUGUAGAUGAAUGUUUACUUUGCAUUGAUUUGUAUAGAUUUUCUAGAAAUAAUGUGAACAAUAAUCAUGUUUGGAUGAUAUUAGCUUUCAUGUAGAAUAGACGUGCAUUUAAUAUUGUUCUCAACUUUGUAUUUAGCUGAUAGGUUCAGGAGAUAUUGUUUCAGCUAUCUGGUAAUUGCAUUAUCAAAUAUUUAAGGCAAUUGGUAUUGGAGAGAUUUAAGGAUAAUUAAUUAGAAAAGGAAACAAUACUUGGCCAUGAGUGUGAUAGUUAUAGUUUUAAUUAUUAUGAUUAUUUUAGAUUUGUCUGGGGAAAUUUUUUGUUGAAAUGAAACUGAAGUUUAUUUGUAUUUAUUAUGCACUCAGUUACAAAACACUAUAAGGUAAAUAAUUUAUUUUUUGAUACCGAGUUUGAGUUAGAAAUUAACUUCAUAAUAAAUGAAAAUCCAUUGUUUAAGUGCAAGUAUUCAGCAAAUAAGGUGAAUUUUGCUUGUGUCCAUUUCGGCCAUAGUUUGUUCAUUCAAUUCCAUAAUCAUUAUGCUUAUUGCCGUUUACCUGUGUGUAUACAAUUUUGCCCUGUGAUAAUAUUGUUCAGAUUUUUAAGUGAAUCCUUCCUUUUAUAUGCCAUCAUAUCAUUGUUUAAUCAUUGUGCAGCUGACUACCUUAAGUUUGUUGGUGCCAUCAUAUCUUUGCUACAUCAUUAUGCAGCUGACUACUUUUGUUGGUGAUAUCAUAUCUUUGUUAGAUCGUUAUGCAGCUGACUACUUUUGUUGGUGCCGUCAUAUCUUUGUUACAUCAUUAUGCAGCUGACUACUUUUGUUGGUGCCAUCAUAUCAUUAAUACAUCAUUGUGCAGCUGACUACUUUUUAUGGUGCCAUCAUAUCAUUGUUACAUCAUUGUGCAGCUGACUACUUUUUUUUUUGGUGACAUCAAAUCAUUGUUAAAUCAUUAUGCAGCUGACUACUUUUUAUGGUGCCAUCAUAUUAUUGUUAUAUCAUUAUGCAGCUGACUACUUUUUAUGGUGCCAUCGUAUCUUUGUUACAUCAUUUUGCAGCUGACUACUUAUUUGGUGCCAUCAUAUCUUUGUUAUAUCAUUAUGCAGCUGACUACUUUAUGCAGCUGACUACUUAUUUGGUGCAUUGUUUAGUGUUUUGUAUCAUUUUGUUAGAUUAUAUAGAUAAAAUCGCCUUUUACUGUUUUGUUACACUUUGUAUUUAUUUGUGUAUUGAGGGUUCAGCACAAGAGAGGUUAUGACCUCUAUCUAGUUAACGCCCACAGUAGACUCAGGCCACAAUUUUGUGAAACUUCCCCUAUAACAGGAUAAAGCUAAGCUGACUAUUUUUUUAUCUUCUAUAAGUUGCGUAAUAUUUACUCCUUUAAGAGAUUUUAGACUUUUAAUAGGAAAUAUCUUGAUGCUUAUCACAAUAAAAGAUUCUUUUAUCAUAAUCAAUUUUAAGUAUUUAUUUGGCAAAUUGAAAUAAGCUACUUAAACCUUUUUAAAUGAUAAAGUUUCAAGAAAUUAGGGCCUCAGGUUCCAGCGAAUUGAUGUUUAACUGACCAUUCCAAGGCAGCAAUCCAAUCAUUUAUCGGUAAAAAUACAUGUAUCUUGAUAAGUGUGUGUUUAUUUGUUGUGGUUGUAUUAUAUAAAUAUAUAUGUUUUUUAUAUGUUUGUGUCUCUUGUUCAUUGUUGUAUGGGCCCUUGGCUUGUACUUCCAAACAGGGUUUAUUUUUGAAUUUUUGGCAACUUUGCUUGUCCCAGUACUGGUAGUUUUCAUUGUAUAAUUAAGAAUAAGAGUCAUCUUCAUCUUGUGCUGAGCCCUCGAGAGUAUGUAUUCUGUUGAUUGUUUUAAUUUUGUGAAGGAAAUUUCAAGUUGUUUUUUUUCGUUUUGGCUUGUUUUGCAAGUUUAAGUAUAAUGAUUGGUGAUCACAGUAAACAUCAGCAGACAACUGUAUUAAUCUUGGUUAAGUUAUCUUUAUGUUAAUUUUUAAAUUUAAAUGAUUUGAUUGGUUAUUAGUUAUUAUUAGAUAAAAAUUGACCAAUCAAUGAAUUUUUCAGCUUAUUUUGACCAAACCAAUGAAUAAACCUCAUAUACGAUUGGCUGGUGUAAAUUAAUAUUUCGCUACAUUUUAAAUUUGCGUCCCUAAUUGAUUUGCAAUAUAAAGCAGAAUUUAAACCCUCACAAAAUUUAAACAAUAUACUGUACAGCCAUUGUUUUGUUACUGGUACUAUUAUGAAGGUGUUUACCAUCUGUAUUCUUAAAAGCUAAUAUAGCACAAUAUAUAUAUGAAAUAAAGUUGAAAAUUA